ACAGUCGCAACAACAAAAAUCCAGCAAUGGACAACUAUCAAGUGCUCAGAAAAAUCGGCUCCGGCAACUUCGCCAAGGUCUACCUUGCAGUGCACACCCCGUCCGGCAGACAAGUAAGACCGCGCGCCGUAAUCCCGUGCAGGCGCAACUUGCACGGUGUCUCACACAGCGGCUUUUACUGAUUCCGAGCGGCGACAUUGACGACCCUCUCUCUUUCCUCUUGCCGCAGGUCGCCCUCAAGGUGAUAGACAAGCGCGCCGUCUCCAGCAACAAGAAACUCGUCCUGAGAGUCCGCCGAGAGAUCAGCAACCUCAAGAAGCUCCGGCACGGCAGUGUGGUGGAGAUCUACGAAGGUACGUUUACUGUACAUGCAACACUAAGCGUAAUCCUCCACAGUGCAACACACAACAGCUAUCCAAGUAGCUGUAGCUCCGUACAAGGCGCUAAUUGAGUCGUCCACUUUUCCUCCACCUACCUCAGGUUUCGAGACAAAAUCUCAGUUCAUACUGGCCAUGGAGUACCUCCCCAACGGAGAGCUGUUCGAUUACGUCUGGAAGAAGCAAGGUCUGGAAGAGCCGAGGCUCGCCGGCUCUUUGCCCAGAUUGUCGAAGGUGUCCACUAUUGUCACCAGGUGGGUAGUAUAGCUAUACAAUUACAAAUUACCAAGAAUGGCAUUUGAAUCUUACAAUUACUGCCCUGUAACAAUCUGUGCCAUGAUUGAAACUGCUCCAAAUUCUUUCCUCUCCAGAAUUCAAUUGUCCAUCGCGAUCUGAAACUGGAAAAUAUACUACUGGACGAGAACCAACAGCCCAAGCUGCAGACUUUGGGUUCUCAAAGAGUAGUCAGGAGGACUUCCAUCGAAUCACUACGCGGAAGCUCUACGCCUCAGAAAUGAUAUCGCGUCGAAACGUAUUUGGGUCAAGUGCGCUGACGUUUAGGAGUCUCGGCGUCAUCCUCUACACGAUGCUAACGGCAACCAUGCCCUUUGACGACAGGGACAUCCCCUCGUUUCUCAGCUGCAUCGAAAAGGGGAUCUAUCCGGAGCCUCCAGAAGUUUCAGAAAGUGCCAAAGACCUACUAGCCAGGAUGUUGGACCCACGACCAGUAUCAAGGGCAUCCGUGGAGGAUAUUCUAUCUCAUCCAUGGCUACAGCAACAACCGGUACAGAAACACUGCAGCAGCAGACAACGUCGACACGCAGCAGCAAGAACCUACACCAGUGAGCACAACCACCACCAAAACACACUCCGUCUUCUCACAGCACCGCACACCACUCGACUCACCGAUCGAAAGUCUCCACCCACAAACCAGUCAUCAGGAAAAACUCCAGUGGAUACAGCAGCGCCUCAUCAGACUUACCCUCACCCGAUGCUCCCGCUCAUCAUACCACCACGAAACACUAAUAGUCAAUGUCUCGGUUUUAGUUCGUUCAAUUUUUUUAUCAACACUGUUUUUUUUUUCGUUUUGUAUGUCCAUCCCGUGUGAAAACCUGCUAGAUCACUUACUAUCAGACUCACCAACAGAACCAACUUCUGAUAAAUUUUACAGAAACUCUGACCAUUUUCAAUGUAAAUAGAAGC